AUGGUCCUUGAUCAUGCUCCGGUCACGGGACUUACGCUUUUAUUUAUGACAAUUUCCACCAAGAUCAAUCAUGAAAGGUAUAAACCAGUCAAUGGACACGUGCCCUUCCCGCUGGCUUUGCGCGGACUGAAUCAGCCCGGGGUGUCAACAUUAGCGUGUAUCUUUGCGUACGCCCGACACCUGGCGGUUGAGGUGGCCCCCUUUGGCGUCCUGGGUACCUCCCUGCAGGAUAUCCUCCUCGCCACGAGUGUGAUUGUUCAGAUGCGCGUCCUCGAGCGGCGUUGGGGGCCUAGCUACUUCCUAUCUUUCUUACUGUCCUCGUCCGCUAUUGGCGUGGCCGCCUUACAUCUUUUAGUUACCGAGAGCACGUAUGGGGAGCGAAUGCCUCUGGAGUCGCUGCGACUGCUUUCUGCCGGGGCCUCCCUGGUCACCUUUGCCGGGCUCGCCACGCGUUACCUCCAUGAGAUUCCUUUGCGCAGCGAUUUCUGCAUCCGCGUGCCGGGCACCAGUAUGGCCUUCACCGAGAAGGCGACGUUCGUUCUCCCGCUGUUGAAGCUGAUACUCGCUCCGGACGGCGAGCUCCAGUCUCCAUCCCACCGCCGGCGGGCGGUGGUGGUGGAUAUCGGGCUCUGGACGCGCAUUUUGCUCGCGCUCGUGGGGGUGCUGCUGGGGUUGAUGUCCGCGCACCCGGGUUGGUUCUCCUGUUGGCUGGAACUCUUCAGCAAAUGCAUAUGCCGCCCGAUCAUCAACUUUCUCCGCCCACUACUGACCUAUUUGUUCGGCCCUCCGAAUCUCGUGGAGCACGCCGUUCCGAGGCAGCAGCAGCGGAGCCACCGAGGCGGCGCCCCUACUGGAGGCGUCGCCAUCCCUGGCAUGCCGACGAGCGCCUCACCAAUCCGCGAGGACGGCGGCCGCAUUGCGGUGGAUAAUCUCAGUGGGGGAGGGGCAAUAACCGAGGAUGAUCAUUUAUUGUUUUUUUUUCAAGGAAAUGUUGAUCAUCCACUGCGGCGUAGGGGCGUGCAGGGCGGUCCGGUUUCAACUGAUGCCGCCCUUUCUAGGCCUCGUUCUAGACGAGGCGGUGCGGCUUCGCCUAGUCGGUCCGUUCCACAGGAGUCCAUUUCCCCUGCUUACGAAGGCUCGAUAGCUUACAUUCAGGAGAUGGGGCUUCCACGCAGUCGGGCUGAGAUUCUGGUCGCCCUGCGCGAGACUCAUGGGGAUGUGAACAACGCGAUUGAAUUGCUUUUGAGCGAUAUGUAG